AUGGAGAAAGGUAACGAGAUCAUGGAAGACAUCAAAAACUACGAGCCAAGAUUGAAUCAAGAGUGGGUUCAGAUUUUGAUCAAUCUGCGUAUGAAGUACGCAAAGUCUUUCACGAGGAAGCGAAAUUCUGCUGCAGAAGCUUGGAAGAAUAUUUUGCAAGAGAUGAUGGAUCUUGGAGCGCCUCCUUACGUGACUUUGGAUAAGAUUAAGAAGAAAUGGAUGAAUCUGAUUGCUAGAUAUAAGCAUUUGAAAUUCGCUGGAAACUCGGAGGCGAUAACUUGGCCGUAUUUCGAGCAAAUAGAUCGUGCUUAUUCGAGAAAUCCUUACAUAGUAGAGACCAGAUCGAAGUGCAAGAAAGGAAGCGAAAGCGACGAGAGUUACGUUUCAGAUUAUGCCGAAUACAUGAUGAAGAAGCAGAAGUUUACCAGCAUUUUAAUCCAUUUGCGUUACGCCUAUCGUCAUCUGUUCACGGGAAAGAAAUACGCGGCGCAGAAAGGAUGGAUGAUGAUUCAGAAUUUGUUGCCUGGUGGACAGAACUACUCCAUCGAGCAGAUAAGCAAGUGUUGGCAGAAUCUCAUCCAGAGGUACAAGAGCAUCUUGGAGACGGAGAAGGAUCUGUGCAAGAUCACUUGGGUGCAUUUCAACAAUAUGCACGAGAUUAUGACCAAGAAGGAUGAUGCUGUGUUAACCGAUCUUCCGGAUCAGAUCGUCAAGAAGGAGAUCUGCGUGUCGCCGAUGCAAUCGAUGAGCAUAAUCGAGAACGAGAACAACGAGGUGAUCCUCAAGAACGAAUCGGAUUUCGAUGAAAACGUUAUCUCGAAUUGCUUGGAGAUUAAGAUGAGGAGCGGCGUUGGUGGAGGAGGUGGAGGUAGGAGGAAGAAGUCAAAGAAUGCAACUCUGAACGAACUGUUGAAUCAUCUGAAAGAACAGGACAAGAAAAUUGAGAGAAAUCACAAGGAGAUCUUGGAUUCCCUUAACAGCAUGCAGAAGAUAAUUUCUGACAAUUAGUUAUAACUUUAAUUACUUUAA